AACACAGAGGCACGAAGACAUAAAGACAUAGAGACACAAAGACAGGAAGACAAAGACACGAAGACAGAGACAGACACAGGGACACGGAGACACAGACAGAAAGACAAAGACACAGAGACACGGAGACAGGCACAGAGACAUGAAGACACAGAGACAGACACGAAGACACAGACAGACACUAAGACAUGGAGACACAGAGACAGACACUAAGACACAGAGACAGACAGGUCAAAGGUGAACCGCUGUGAGCCACAAAUGAUAAAAAUGAAUAGAUUUAUUUUAGAACUAACACAUGAAUGUCAUUCAUUCGUUCACUCUUUGAACAUAAACUAACAUUUAGUAAUAAUAAUAAUAAUAAUAAUAAUAAUAAUAAUAAUAAUAAUGAUCAUCUAUCACUUGUGUUUGAGUCGCUGGAGCUGGCAGACGACGGCUGAGCUGUGAUUGGCCGUGGGCGCUGCGGAGGCGGGAGGUUUGUGGAGAAGAAGGCCGCUGAUUGGCUGAGGUUGGGAGCGUCAGCGGUUCAUCAGACACCGGUGUGAAAGUUCGGUGGCGGCGGCAGAGAUGCAGAGUAAGUCCCGCCGCUUCUCACGCCUUUAACCCGGAACAUGGUUCAGCACACGGCGCUCAGCAGAACCGGCAGGACCAGCAGGACCAGCGGCCCCCACCACACCGGCGAGCUGAGGCCGGACUGGUGUAAGACUGCGUCCGGUCACAUAAAGAGACCCAUGAACGCCUUUAUGGUCUGGUCCAAGAUCGAGAGGAGGAAGCUCAUGGCGGAGGCUCCGGACACGCACAACGCCGAGAUCUCCAAACGGCUCGGGAAGCGCUGGAAGCUGCUGAACGAAGCCGAGAAAGUCCCGUUCAUCCGGGAGGCGGAGCGGCUGCGGCUGCAGCACAUGGCCGACUACCCGGACUACAAGUACCGGCCCAGGAAGAAGCCCAGGACCGAGGAGGGCGGGGCGUUGGUUGCGGGGAAGCCCGCCUCCUCGUCCCCGCACAAACCCGCAGUCGCGAACAAAACCUGCGCCAAGAAAUUCAACAAGUUAAAGUCCAGUCAAGUGAACAGCGACCUCCUGCGGCGGCGGCGGCGGCGGCACCAGCCAGAGCCAGAGCCAGAGCCCCGGUACCGUGGCUUCAAAAUCAGCGAGAUGAUGGUGAAACAAGAGUUCAUGGACGAGGGGGAGGAGCCUGACCUCAAAGUAGAGGAGGGGGACAAGCCUGAGCUCAAAGUUGAGGAGGGGGAGGAGCCGAAUCGGUACCACCUGAGUCCGAGCUCCUGCUCCACAGAAGCGCAGGGAACCACCGGUUGUCUCUUCUACAGCUUCAAGAACAUCAGCCAGCGAGGCGGCGCCGCCUUACCCCUGUCCCCUGCGUCUUCGUCCCGCUCAGACUCCGCCUCCUCCUGCUGCAGUGAGGAGCCGGACCACCUGGACACCUGGAGCCUGUCCCUGGUGGACAAAGACUUGGACUGGAGCGGCGGCGGCGAGCGAAGCCUCCGCUCACACUUUGAGUUCCCGGAUCAUUUCACGCCGGAGCUGAGCGAGAUGAUCGCAGCAGACUGGCUGAAGGCGGACCUCUCUGACCUGGUGUUCACCCUCUGACCCCGCAGAGCCUGGAUCAGUACCACAGGUGAAGGGACAGUUGAGGUUGGAUGAGGUUAUGACUGCGCUGUGAGCGCCACCUGCUGCUGAGGACCAGCCUGAGACACAGACACUCAACAUGUCCCAUAACAUGUGUGACUCCGCCCACUUCCUGGGUGUAGGACACGCCCCCCGUGCGUUUCCAGGCUGAUGUUUUAACGUCAAGUUUACGAACUUUGUGAAACUUUUCAGUUUGACGUUUUAUUGACGGCACGUUUUUGUGUUUACGUUCAUUAUUUUUGUGCAAAAUCAACGACACGAUCGUCCCGAGGUUUUUCUGCUUCAUGAAGUUUGUUGUGAAUAAAUCAGCUGGAACUGA